UGAACGAGACUGCGGGUCCAGAACGAGAAAGCUCGGUGAGCUGAAUACAGAACGAGACUGUGCGAGAGAAAGUAAGAUUGAAGAGAUGACUCUUGGUCUGAUCAAUGCGAACCCCGUAGUUCAUGCGAAAAAGGAGAGAGUAGCUCGCACCGAAGAUCUCCACGCCGAUGAUGCCGUGGACCCCCUUGAAAUUUAUGAUUUCGUGAGAGAUAUCAGGGAUCCGGAACACCCUUAUUCCUUAGAACAACUCAGCGUCCUUUCUGAGGAAUCAAUCACAGUUGAUGACAAAUUGGGCCGGAUUCUGAUAACUUUCACACCAACUAUCCAGCACUGCAGCAUGGCAACAGUAAUUGGUCUUUGUCUGAGAGUUAAGCUAAAACACUUUUUCCCUCCUCAUUACAAGGUGGACAUCAAAGUAUCUCCAGGAUCUCAUGCCGAUGAAGAAUCAGUCAAUAAGCAGUUAAAUGACAAGGAAAGGGUUGCUGCCGCCUUGGAGAAUCCCAACCUCCGCCAGCUUGUUGACGAGUGUCUCUACUCAAAUGAACUAUGAAGAGUUCCAUAACCUGCACAAUAACUUACAGGGUGUUUGAGGCUGAUGAAUGCAAAUAGUCACUUGUCUCUGGAUGCUAGUUGUUUUUGUCCUCCUUCGAGCCGACCUUGGGUAUAACCUUAUGAUCUUAUACUGUAUGUUGUAAAUUAAAAAAAUCAUGCUCUUUUACCAUAUUCCAGCUGUCGUAUGUAAUAUUUCUGUAAUGAACACUAUGAUUGGCCCUGAUAUCUGAUUAUUAUGUCUAGUAGCAUGCUUCAUGAUUAUGCA